CAGACCUCUCAAAAAGAAAAAAACCAAACCAUUCACUUCGCCUACUUAACCGGCGACCACUCAUCUCAUUCUCUUCUCUUCUUUUAAUCUCCUUCCCAACACUUCACCUUUCCAUCAAAAAAAGCUUUCUAUCUUUCUCUCUGUUUUGUAAAACAAAAAAAAAAACAAAAAUGAGCAGCAAUGAGGAUCAGAUCUCCGACGACUACGUCUCCGGGAACAUGUCCGGCGUCGGCGGCGGCAUUUCAGAUGUCUACGGUGAAGAUGUCGCUACAUUGGAUCAGCUCGUCACUCCUUGGGUUACCUCCGUCGCUAGUGGAUAUACAUUGUUGCGUGACCCGAGAUACAACAAGGGACUAGCAUUCACUGAUAAAGAGAGAGAUGCUCAUUACAUAACUGGUCUACUUCCUCCUGUCAUCUUAUCUCAAGAUUUUCAGGAGAAGAAGGUGAUGCAUAACCUCCGUCAGUACACGGUUCCUCUGCACCGUUACGUGGCCCUCAUGGAUCUUCAGGAGAGGAACGAGAGGUUGUUUUACAAGCUUCUGAUUGAUAAUGUGGAGGAGCUGCUUCCGGCUGUGUACACUCCGACGGUAGGGGAGGCUUGUCAAAAGUAUGGGAGCAUUUUCAGGAGGCCACAAGGUCUUUACAUCAGCUUGAAAGAGAAGGGAAAGAUUCUUGAAGUGUUGAAGAACUGGCCACAGAGAGGGAUUCAAGUUAUUGUUGUCACUGAUGGUGAGCGUAUACUUGGUCUUGGAGAUCUUGGUUGCCAGUUCUGA